AGAAGCUGAAGUUCACCCCGCCACCCCAGCCGCUGCAGUGCAUGGAGUUUGACAAGGAGGUUACGGUGUCCUGUUCAGCCACUGGCCGGGAAAAACCCACCAUCCAGUGGACUAAAACAGAUGGGAGCAGCCUGCCUUCCCACGUCAGCCACAACGCUGGGAUCUUGUCCUUCCACAAGGUGAGCAGGAGCGACUCGGGGAACUACACGUGCAUCGCCUCCAACAGCCCACAGGGCGAGAUCCGCGCCACCGUGCAGCUCGUGGUAGCAGUUUACGUCACCUUCAAGCUAGAGCCUGAGCCCAUGACGGUGUACCAGGGACACACGGCCGUGUUCCAGUGCCAGGCAGAGGGGGACCCUGUGCCACACAUCCAGUGGAAAGGGAAGGACAAGAUUUUGGAUCCCAGCAAGCUCCUGCCCAGGAUUCAGAUCAUGCCCAAUGGCUCCCUGGUCAUCUACGACGUCACCACGGAGGACUCUGGAAAAUACACCUGUAUUGCUGGCAACAGCUGCAACAUCAAGCACCGCGAGGCCUUCCUCUACGUUGUGGACAAGCCAGCAGCGGAGGAGGAUGAGGGACUGGGCAGCCACACACCCUACAAGAUGAUCCAGACCAUUGGGCUGUCGGUGGGGGCGGCUGUUGCCUACAUUAUCAUCGUGCUGGGGCUGAUGUUCUACUGUAAGAAGCGGAGAAAAGCCAAGAGACUGAAGAAACACCCAGAGGGCGAGGAGCCUGAAAUGGAGUGUCUGAAUGGUGGUGCUUUGCUGCAGAAUGGGCAGAUGACAGCAGAGAUCCAGGAAGAAGUGGCCUUGACCAACCUGGGCAGCAGCUCUGGGGCCAGCAAGCGGCACAGCGCUGCCGACAAAAUGCACUUUCCACGUUCCAACCUGCAGACAAUCACAACUCUGGGCAGGGGGGAGUUUGGUGAAGUGUUCCUGGCCAAGGCAAAAGGUGCAGAGGAUGGUGAGGGGGAAAUGCUGGUCCUGGUGAAGAGCCUGCAGACGAGGGAUGAGCAGCUGCAGCUGGACUUCCGUCGAGAGGCAGAGAUGUUUGGCAAGCUGAACCACUCCAACGUGGUGCGGCUGCUGGGGCUGUGCCGCGAGGCAGAGCCUCACUACAUGGUCCUGGAGUAUGUGGACUUGGGGGACCUGAAGCAGUUCCUGAGGAUCUCCAAGAGCAAAGACGAGUCUCUGAAGCCACAGCCCCUAACUACCAAACAUAAGGUGUCUCUCUGCACACAGGUGGCCCUGGGUAUGGAGCACCUCUCCAAUGGCAGGUUUGUGCACCGAGAUUUGGCAGCCAGGAACUGCCUGGUCAGCGCCCAGCGGCAGGUCAAGGUCUCAUCCCUGAGCCUCAGCAAGGAUGUGUACAACAGCGAGUACUACCACUUCCGCCAGGCCUGGAUCCCGCUGCGCUGGAUGCCACCCGAAGCUGUGCUGGAGGACGAGUUCUCCACUAAGUCAGACGUGUGGUCCUUUGGGGUACUCAUGUGGGAGGUCUUCACACACGGAGAGAUGCCCUACACCCCGCUGGCAGAUGAUGAGGUCCUAGCAGGUCUGCAGUCGGGAAAAACGAAGCUGCAGCAGCCCGAGGGCUGC